CCUCCAACGAAACAACCAACAACAAAGUUCUCCGCUCCCUGAAAAUGGAGAACUUGUCCAUCGUGAGCAACUUGGGUCAGGUGUUGGUGCAGGAGCUCCAGGAGAUACGGGGCGUCGGCGACAAGGUCGUCCACCUGCGGGACGAACUGGCGACCAUGAACGCCGCCCUUCGCAUCAUCUCUGAGGCGGAUCAGGAAUCCGUCGACCACCUCGUCCGGGAGUGGGAGAAGCAGGUGCUUGAUCUCGCCUACGACGCUGAGGACUGCACCGACACCUACUCCCUCUGCAUCGCCCGCCCAACCCCACAUCCACCAUGUGACGUCGCCCCUAAUCACGGGCUCAUCUUCUCCUGGGCCGGAUACCUGCUUUCCCGCGCCAAGCGGAUGGGCAGGUACCCGUACGAGAAGCUUGUGCUGCAGCGCACCCUCGCCGCUGACAUCAAAGCCCUCUUGGCACGUACCACCGCCGUCAGCGAACGCCGCGUUCGCUAUGGCAUCGACCGGGCGGCGCUACCGAGAGCCGCCUGCUUUGCCCUAGCCUCGGCGGCAUCCGUCUCCACGAAUGCUCUCCGCCGUGUCGACGACCCUAAUCAGUUUGUCGGCAUCACGGAACAGGCCAAUGCCUUGGCCAAGAAGAUCAAGGCGGCGGUGAUCCAUGAUCAGGAUGACAAGAUGAAAGCGCCCGUCCAUGAUGAGGAUGACCAGAUCAAGGCGGAUGAUGAGGAUGGCAACAGGCUCAAGGUGUUCUCCAUUGUGGGCUUCGGAGGGCUAGGGAAGACAACCCUGGCCAUGGAGCUGUGCCAGCGGCUGGAUGCGGACUUCCCUUGCCAGGCGCUGGUGUCCGUGUCACAAGGGUUCCAUGCCGAGAAGGACAUGAAAGGACUGUUGGUACGGGUGCUCCAGCAGAUCCCAAGGGAGAAAUCAGAUGAUGAGCAAAUACAUGGGAUGGAUGUGGAAAAGUUGUACAGCAAGAUCAAGGAGCUCCUUGAUCAUAAGAGGUAUCUCAUUGUUAUCGAUGAUGUAUGGAACCUAGCAGCCUGGGAAGCUAUCCGCCUCAAAUUGCCAGAAAAUAAUUGCGGCAGCAGAAUCAUUGUGACAACUCGGAUAGAGACGGUGGCCAAGGCAGCUAGUGUCUACUUUGUCCAUCAUAUGGAGCCCAUGAAAUUAGAGGCUAGUAAGGAACUGUUCAUGAAUAGAGUAUUUGGCCCCAUGGCUUAUUGCCUGGGUGGACAGGAAAAAUACAUGGACACAAUUUUGAAAAAAUGUGGCGGGAUGCCAUUGGCCAUCAUUAGCAUCGCCAGCCUUCUGACAAACUACAGGUCGGUUGAAGGCAUAACAGUAUGGGAAAGCGUUUCUAGAUCAAUUGGUUCUCAGAUGGAGAACCACCCUACCCUCGAGAGGAUGAGGCAGGUGAUUACACUCAGCUAUGACUACCUGCCUCGUCAUCUCAAGGCCUGCAUGAUGUAUCUCAGCAUUUUCCCAGAGCAUUAUGUGAUUGGAAAAUAUAGGCUGCUAUACAGAUGGAUUGCCGAAGGUUUGGUCACUGAGAAGCGAGGGCUGACUUUGUUGGAGGUUGCACAAGAAUAUUUGAAUGAGUUGAUAAAUAGGAACAUGAUUCAGCUGGAAAAGUUUGUAUUGGAACAAUAUGGUUCUACAAAAGUAGAAGUAGAGGGGUGCCGGGUGCAUGACAUGAUCCUUGAGGUCAUGGUGUCCAAAUCCAAGGAGUGAGUCUAACUUUGUUUGCUUGGUGGGGCGGCAAUAUGGAAGAAUGCCACAUGGACAUGGAAAGACCCGUCGCCUUUCCAUACAUGAUAACGACCAUGACGAGCAACAUCAUGCAAGGCAUUGCGUUGAGGGGAUAAAGGUACAAUAUGUCCGGUCGCUGACCACAUUUCAGUGCAGUUAUGGCCUUGAGAAGCUCUUGGACCGUCUAGGCGAGUUCAAAUUGCUCAGGGUACUUGACCUAGAAGAUUGCAAGUCCCUGCGAGAUAAGCACAUGAGAGAUGUUUGCCGAUUGUAUCUCCUCAGGUUCUUGAGCUUGAGGGGUACAAAUGUCAAAGUGAUUCCUGACAAAAUUGGCAACCUAGAGCACUUGGAGACUCUUGAUAUAAAAAGUACAAGCAUCGGGAAGUUGUUGCCGCAAACUGUGACAAAGCUGAGCAAACUAGAGUGCCUCAGGUCCAAUGAGUGGCUUCUGCCACGGGAGCAAGGGAACAUGAAGGCGUUGUGCGUGGUGGACACGGGAAUCCUCGAUGGCGAUGAUGUUCCAUUGGUUACCCAAGAGAUCGGCAAGCUACCACAGCUGCAGGUGCUAAGUAUCCGAAUUGAGACGGAUGAGUUCUUGCAGGAGUCUUUGACUAACCUUGCCACCUCCCUGAGCAAGGCAAGCACUCUCCAAUCGCUCCAUCUGGAAUACUACGGGGGUAAGGACGGUUUGGAGUUUCUCCUUCAUGUCUCCACGCCGCCACCACUCCUCCAAUUCCUUGGUGUAUAUGGCCGCAUCAGCCAACUGCCUGAAUGGAUCUCAUCACUCACACACCUCACCAAGUUUGUUCUAGGACGGACAGAACUUGUUGGCGACCAGUUAUUUCAUGUCUUGUGUAAGUUGCCAAAUCUGCAGAGCAUCCAACUGGGGCAUGGUAGCUACAAAGGACCAGGACUAGUUGCACGUGACCAAAGUUUCCCGGUGUUGAGGAUCUUGAAGGUGUUCGGAUGUAGCACCAUGCUCACAUUCGAGAAAAAAUCAAUGACAGAGCUCGAGACACUUGUAUUGGACUUUGGUGACAUUACCCAAAUGGGCUUUGUUGGCGUCGAGAACUUGAACAGCCUUAAAGAGGUCAAGCUCCGUGGUUGGAUAAGCAACCCAGCGAUGCAGCGUGCAGUUGAGCAGCUCAAGACUCUCUCUGAGUCCAACAAGAUCAGAGUUGUAGUGGACUGGUGGUGAGGUGCGCAUCUCUGGAACACUGCUGCUCCCGUACGUUUUCUAUGGCCUUAAUUAGUAGUAUGCUUUUCCUUUCAACUGCAUGUGUGUUUCCUAGCUAAAUUCUGUUCAGAGUUCAGCCUUGAUCGAGCAUUUCAUUCUCUAUUAUCGUUUUUCAUGUGUGUGAACUGCGAACUGGAAUGCAAAAUAAAAUAGCUUGUACUCCCUCCGUCCUAAAAUAAGUGUCUCAAGUUUGUACUUCCUCCGUCCGAAAAUACUUGUCUUAGAAAUGGUUGUAUCUAGACUUAUUUUAAUUAUAGAUAUAUCCAUUCUAUCUAUUUCUAGGAUAAGUACAUCCGGACCAAGGGAGUACUAGCUUUAGUACAAAGUUGUACUAUAGUUAAAACAUUUAUUUUGCUACGGAAGGAGUAUCUUGUAAC